GCAGCCGCGGGAACAGUGAGGACGCUGUGCACUGGGCUGCGGGGAGCGGGGGCCCCUCCGCCAGUGUGUGUGUAAGUGAGUGAGAGAGUGUGUGAAUGUGAGUGAGUGUGUGUGUGUGUGUGUGUGUGUGUGUGAGUGUGAACUGGGGGGAGCUUUGUCCCGUCCCCACGCCCCCUUUGCGCCACCCGCCCGCCCUGGGCCGCGAGGUAUUUGUGGCCCUGCUCCGCCAUUGCCCGCGAACGGCGCCGGGAGCGGCCCGAGGGGAUUCGGCGAUUGCAGCGAAAAUUGGCGGAGAUGCUGGCACAGCAAUGAAUUCAAACGACUACGGUUACGGAGGGCAGAAAAGACCUCUCGAGGAUGGAGAUGGCUCUUGGACAAGUCCGAGCAGUACAACACACUGGGAGGGAAUGCCCUCUCCUUUUAAAGAUCAACCAGAUGCUAAGAAAGUUGCUCCCCAGAAUGACUCUUUUGGAAAUCAGCUACCACCAAUGCAUCAGCAGCAAAGGUCUGUGAUGACAGAGGAGUACAAAGUUCCAGAUGGGAUGGUUGGAUUCAUAAUUGGCAGAGGUGGAGAGCAGAUCUCACGCAUACAGCAGGAGUCUGGCUGUAAAAUACAGAUUGCACCUGAUAGUGGAGGCCUGCCUGAAAGAUCUUGUAUGCUAACUGGGACACCAGAGUCUGUUCAGUCAGCAAAAAGAUUGCUUGAUCAGAUAGUUGAAAAGGGAAGACCUACACCUGGAUUUCAUCAUGGUGAUGGACCUGGAAAUGCAGUCCAAGAAAUUAUGAUUCCAGCAAGUAAAGCAGGAUUAGUUAUUGGGAAAGGUGGAGAGACAAUUAAACAAUUACAGGAGCGGGCAGGUGUCAAAAUGGUCAUGAUUCAAGAUGGUCCACAGAACACUGGUGCAGACAAGCCCCUUAGGAUAACUGGAGACCCUUAUAAAGUUCAGCAAGCCAAGGAAAUGGUGCUGGAGUUAAUUCGUGAUCAAGGUGGCUUUAGAGAGGUGCGCAACGAAUAUGGGUCAAGAAUAGGAGGAAAUGAAGGGAUAGACGUUCCAAUACCACGAUUUGCUGUAGGUAUUGUAAUUGGAAGAAAUGGAGAGAUGAUUAAGAAGAUCCAGAACGAUGCUGGUGUUAGGAUUCAGUUCAAGCCAGAUGAUGGAACAACUCCAGAUAGAAUAGCCCAGAUCACAGGGCCUCCUGACAGAUGUCAGCAUGCUGCAGAAAUUAUUACAGAUCUCCUUCGCAGUGUUCAGGCUGGUAACCCUGGUGGACCAGGACCUGGUGGUCGAGGAAGGGGUAGAGGCCAAGGCAACUGGAACAUGGGGCCUCCUGGUGGAUUACAGGAGUUCAAUUUCAUUGUCCCUACUGGCAAAACUGGAUUAAUUAUUGGGAAAGGUGGUGAAACUAUUAAAAGUAUAAGCCAACAGUCCGGUGCUAGAAUAGAACUUCAGAGAAAUCCUCCACCUAAUGCAGAUCCAAACAUGAAGAUGUUUACUAUCCGUGGAACACCCCAGCAAAUAGAUUAUGCACGACAACUUAUAGAAGAAAAGAUUGGAGGUCCAGUGAAUCCAUUGGGUCCACCUGUUCCCCAUGGUCCCCAUGGUGUUGUUCCUGGCCCGCAUGGACCUCCUGGGCCACCAGGUCCUGGUGCUCCCAUGGGACCAUAUAAUCCAGCUCCUUACAACCCAGGCCCUCCUGGUCCUGCACCUCAUGGUCCUCCAGCUCCAUAUGCUCCACAGGGAUGGGGAAAUGCUUAUCCACACUGGCAGCCACCAAACCCACCAGACCCAGGUAAGCCAGGAACAGAUCCCAAUUCAGCAGCGUGGGCAGCUUAUUAUGCUCACUAUUAUCAGCAGCAAGCACAGCCACCACCUGCAGCCCCUCCUGGUGGACCAGCUACAACCCAAACCAAUGGACAAGGAGAUCAGCCAAAUCCAGCACCAGCAGGGCAGGUUGACUAUACCAAGGCCUGGGAGGAGUACUACAAAAAAAUGGGUCAAGCUGUUCCUGCCCCUGCUGGGGCUCCUCCGGGCGGGCAGCCAGAUUACAGUGCGGCGUGGGCUGAGUACUACAGGCAGCAGGCAGCGUACUACGCUCAGACAAGUCCCCAGGGAAUGCCACAGCAUCCUCCAGCACCACAGACAUUUAAUCAUCACUGAAGAAAAGGAAUUGAGAUACUCUGAUCUCCUCGCUAUAGCUUCUCUCCAGUGAACUCUUACAUGCUAAGAGAAGCCUGUGGUUUGCAAGCUGCAAUCAAGAACCCCUCUCAGAGGACAUCCCAGAGUACUUUAUCUGUUCAUGGAGGAAGUGACUGGGAGCUGUCAGAGUACUGAUAAUCCAGAUCUCUAUACUGUAAGCAGCCCUGGGACUGGUAUGUGGGAUAGCCCAUUAAGGGAAUUAGAGAAAUCUUUGAAAUUUGUAAGGGAAAAAAAAUUGAAGAAUUUAAAGAAAUUAACUGCUGAAUUCUUAAGAAAAACGUUUACUUCAAAUUUUGACAACCACUGGUCAGCAGCUUCAUGUUGAAAAAUUUCUUUUGAUGUGGAGAAUUUGUAAAUUAUUUCAUAUUACUUGAUAAAUAAAUGCAUAAGCAUAAGGAAGGGAGAUGUGAACUAAUCUUCAGUUAGAACACCUAAGUGACUUCAUGGAGUUCACUCUCCUUCAGUUUCUUCACUCUUCUCCUUCACUAGAAUCCCUUGCCCCAAACAAAAAACAAAAAAGUGCAUUAUUGACAUAAUGGCAAGGUUUAUUGGUGUGAAACAACAGCAGUUUAUUGGAGGUGGAGAUGAAAAAGUAAACUACAGUUUGGGUAUCUGCCUAAACCUAGAACUCUCUCAAUAUGGGCCAGUUGGGAAUUUGUGUGUUUCAGCUUUCUAGGAGUUCUGUGUUGUUGGUUUUGUUUAAGUUUGUUUCUGUAGAAUAUAAAUGUCCUGAAUGUUUUGGAAAUAUAAUUGAAAUAGUGAUCUAGAGCUAUUUUUCCAAAAUUGUUCAUGCAUAAUUAUACUCUGUUAAAGCUAGCAAAUUCCUAUAAAUAAUAUUUUCCAAGUUUUUAUGGAAGAUUAAAAUCUCAUUUCUUGUUCAUCUUGUUUGUAUGUGAAUUUUGUAUGCGAAUUAAGAAAGUCAUAGUGAUCAUGACUACACAGGGGAAAUGGAGUAUGGAAAAAUAAGCUAAGUUAAACUAUUUGGUUAACUUAGGUUAAUAGUAAGUGUAUGAUUCCUUCAGUACAAUCAAAGAACAAACUAUAGUGAGCUCUGUUUAUAGCUGAUCUAGCUCUGACUUAUGAUAAAGAACACGUAUGGAGGCAGUUUUCCAUGUAAUACAAAACAGGAUCUGUGGGCUGCAUUUCUGACAAUUUGGGGGACUCCCUCUAGUAAUUUAUAGUUUGUUGUUGUUUAUGUUAGUACAUAAAAAAGAGCUGAUCUGUCUUUUUUUUUUUUUGCCUUUCUUCAUAAGAGGAGAGUUGUAAUUGAUGUAUAUUUCUAUCACAUUUACAAAUAAAUAUGGGGUUAAGAAACAGCAUUCUGUUACUAGGGAAUGUUUACAUCAAAAACCAAUUACUGAACCAUCUGCAGCACUACUUCAGAGAAAACAGACAGCCACUCAUCUUCUUGAAGGCUUACAGCUUAAGAUACUACAAAGUGUAGAUAAGAAAUCUACU